CGUGUUCAAAGCCUCCGGAACGCGUUUGGGCCGGAUUUGAGGAGAGGGGGCGGGGAGGGGCUUGCGGCCCCGCCCCCUUUCCCGCUCCUUGGCGAGCACCCUGGCCCGCCUACUCCCUCCGCCGGCCCCGGGGCCGCGUCCCCCAGGCAACUCCGCAGCGGAGGCCUGAGCUUCUGCUGGCAGGUGUUGGCUGCGAGGUCCCCAGGCACAGCCCGGUUCGUCCCCAUGGUGGGUUUCGGGGCCAACCGGCGGGCCGGCCGCCUGCCUUCCUUAGUGUUGGUGGUGCUGCUGGUGGUGAUCGUGAUCCUCGCCUUCAACUACUGGAGCAUCUCCUCCCGCCACGUCCUGCUUCAGGAGGAGGUGGCCGAACUGCAGGGCCAGGUCCAGCGCACGGAGGUGGCUCGCGGGCGCCUGGAGAAGCGCAAUUCGGACCUUCUGCUCUUGGUGGACUCGCACAAAAAGCAGAUUGACCAGAAGGAGGCCGACUACGGCCGCCUCAGCAGCCGACUGCAGGCCAGGGAGGGUCUGGGGAAGAGAUGCGAGGAUGACAAGGUUAAACUACAGAGCAACAUAUCAUAUCAGAUGGCAGACAUACAUCAUUUAAAGGAGCAACUUGCUGAGCUUCGUCAGGAGUUUCUUCGACAAGAAGACCAGCUUCAGGACUAUAGGAAGAAUAAUACUUACCUAGUGAAGAGGUUAGAAUAUGAGAGUUUUCAGUGUGGACAACAAAUCAAGGAAUUAAGAGCACAGCAUGAAGAAAAUAUUAAAAAGUUAGCAGACCAGUUUUUGCAGGAACAAAAGCAAGAAGCCCACAAGUUUGAAUUAAAAGGUGCAAAUGACCUGAGAAUAAACAAUCAUGCAGUACCUAAAAAUGUUCCAGAAGUAGCUGAGAAUGCUGAAAAUAAGAAUGAAGAGCCUUCAAGCAACCAUAUUCCACAUAGGAAAGAACAAAUCAAGCCAGGUGGUGAUGCAGGAAUGCCUGGAAUAGAAGAGAAUGACCUUGCAAAAGUUGAAGACCUUACCACUGUUUUUAAAAAAAACCCUAUUUCUAUUUCUCAAUAUGGCAGUCAUCAAGCAAUCUCCCAUCGUCCAACUGGACAACAUUUCUCCCCAAAUAUGGUCCCAGAUUCUCAUAUAAAUCACAAUGGAAACCCUGGAACUUCAAAACAGAACCCUUCCAAUCUUCUUCAGCGUUUAAUUCCAGGCCCAAACUUGGAGAGUGAACCCAGAAUUCAAACAGAUACACUACAGCAAGCUACCAAGGAUAGAGUCGGUGAUUUCCAUAAGUUGAAGCAAAGCCGAUUCUUUGAUGAGAAUGAAUCCCCUGUUGAUCCGCAGCAUGGCUCUAAACUGGCGGAUUAUAAUGGGGAUGAUGGUAACGUAGGUGAGUAUGAGGCAGACAAGCAGGCUGAGCUGGCUUACAAUGAGGAAGAAGAUGGUGAUGGUGGAGAGGAAGACGUCCAAGAUGAUGAAGAACGAGAACUUCAAAUGGAUCCUGCAGACUAUGGAAAACAACGUUUAAAUGAUGUCCUUUAAGUCCUAAAGGAAAACUUCAGAAAACCUAAAGUGCUAUAAAAUGGAAUCAUUUCUACUUUGUCUUUUUUGACUUUUGUUGUAAAGAUCAGUUGUAUCAGUUAUAAAGAUACAUUCAGUUAGAUUUAAGAAAAAAAUUUAAUGAAAGAAUGUACCCAUGUACAUAUGUGAACUUUUUCAUAUUGUAUUAUUAAAGCAGAGACCUUUUUGGUAUAUUAUAGUUGAGCCAAAAACAAAGUAAGCAAAACUGUAGUCUUUGCAUUUAAAGCAAACUAAUGUAUAUUUUACAUUUUAUUGAGCCUAUUUCUUUACACAAAUGGAGAAACAGGAAAAAAUGGUUGUACAGUUUAUAAGUUGCACAUAACAUAACCACACAGUGAAAACAGUUAUUCAACUAAGAAACUUUUUAUAUACUUAUUCUUAUUAGCCCAACAGGUGUUCUGUUCUAUCUACCCCUUAUCUCAUGCUCUUCCAGGAAUUAUACCUAGAAUAGGUAUAAAAGAUGGGAACAUGGAAGCCAAACACUGGGCAGCAUGUGUGCAAAAUCACUUCCCUACUCCUUUUAUUUUACAUGAGUGCCGAUGUGUUUUGGCAGGUAAGCUUUCAGCUGAGGCCUGAUGAAAGUUGAGAUAACCUGCACAGACAUAACAAUAUUUAUGAGUUAGUUCAUGAAAUUGUGAAAUGCAUGAUUGACAGUAUACUUUCCUCCCCCCCUGCC